AUGGUGGACGGCAGCUGUGGCGUUGGCAGUCCACAAACCCCAACUGCAACUGAUGUGGGCCUAGGCCUGCAAGCUAUCUACCGGACAUGUUUUCGUCUCUACCCCGAUCAACCCAGCCCCCUUCAAGUCACUGCAUUGCGGAAGUUCUGGAUGGGUGGUCCGGAUCCUCUGGACUACAUAUACAUGUUUUCUAAUGCCGGCUCCGCCGACUCUCGAAGCCCUCCACAUUGGCAUUACGUUACCACUGGGCUUUCAGACCUUUACGGUGAUGCCCGACUGCACAAUUACUCCACCAAUGCGGAAGGACCAAGCGGUUUCGGUUUCGAAUUGACUUUUCGCUUGCGUCGCGAGCCAGGUGAGAAGAACCCACCCACCUGGCCGGCACAUCUUCUCCAAAGCCUCGCUCGCUACGUCUUUCGAUCUCAGGCUCAGCUGUUGCCCGGGGAUCAUAUUCCCUGGCAUUGUCCCCUUGAUGAGCUACCCAAC